GGGCCCGACUGCAGGGCCGGGAGGCAGGGCCGGCCCGGCCUGAGCGCCCGCCUGGGCGGCCCUGGCGCUCGGGUGGCCGAGAGAGCGCAGCCCGGCCCGCGGGCUGUUCGUGGAUCCGGCGCGAGGCAAUUUCCGCAGCAUGACUAACCUCUAUGGUUCCAUCCAUCCCGCGGACCCGGUGUACCUCAGCACCCGCACCCACGGGGCCGUCUUCAACCUCGAGUACACUCGCCCGACGGCAUGUGGGAUCUUAGUUCGUCCACCAGGGAUCGAACCUGAGCCCCCUGCAGUGGAAGCGGAGUCUUAACCACUGGACCGCCAGGGAAGUUCCUCAAGGAUUGAUUUUUUGAGUGGCAGAGGGCUCAGAGGCCUGUGACUUCGCUUGUGUCACCAGAACCUAGCACAGGGCCAGCCUGGCACGAGGAGACCUCAGGAAAUGACCAUUCAACAAAUGAACCAACGAGCCAGUGAUGACAAGAACUGGCCCAUGAUGACCCUUGAUGGUGACUUCAUGGAGGCCAUCUCAUCUUAAACUAAGGAGAAGCCGACCCCUCCCGCCUCGCCAGGAGCCCGCGAUGCCCGCCCCGCAGUGCGCCUCCUGCCGCAAGGCGCGAGCCGCCCUCCGCCGUCCGCGCUCGGGCCAGGCGCUGUGCGGCACCUGCUUCUGCGCCGCCUUCGAGGCCGAGGUGCUGCACACGGUGGUGGCGGGCCGCCUGCUGCCGCCCGGCGCCGUGGUGGCCGUGGGCGCCUCGGGCGGCAAGGACUCCACUGUGCUGGCGCACGUGCUGCGCGAGCUGGCCCCGCGCCUCGCCAUCUCGCUGCACCUCGUGGCCGUGGACGAGGGCAUCGGCGGCUACCGGGACGCGGCGCUGGCGGCCGUGCGGCGGCAGGCAGCGCGCUGGGAGCUCCCGCUCACCGUCGUGGCCUACGCAGAGCUCUUCGGGGGCUGGACGAUGGACGCCGUGGCCCGCAGCACGGCCGGCUCCGGCCGCAGCCGCUCCUGUUGCACCUUCUGUGGGGUGCUGCGCCGCCGGGCGCUAGAGGAAGGGGCGCGCCGCGUGGGAGCCACGCACGUCGUGACAGGACACAACGCCGACGACAUGGCGGAGACGGUGCUCAUGAACUUCCUGCGGGGCGACGCGGGCCGGCUGGCGCGGGGCGGGGGCCUGGGCUCUCCGGGCGAGGGGGGCGCCCUGCCGCGCUGCCGCCCGCUGCAGCUGGCCUCGCAGAAGGAGGUGGUGCUGUACGCGCACUUCCGCCGCCUGGACUACUUCUCCGAGGAGUGCGUGUACGCGCCCGAGGCCUUCCGCGGCCACGCGCGCGAGCUGCUCAAGCUGCUGGAGGCGGCGCGGCCGUCGGCGGUGCUGGACCUCGUGCACUCGGCCGAGCGCCUGGCGCUGGCCCCGGCCGCGCGGCCCCCGCCGCCCGGCGCCUGCUCCCGCUGCGGGGCGCUGGCCAGCCGCGCGCUCUGCCAGGCCUGCGCCCUCCUGGACGGCCUGAACCGCGGCCGGCCCCGCCUGGCCAUCGGCAAGGGCCGCCGGGGGCUGGACGAGGAGGGGUCGCCGCGGGAGCCGCAGCCGUCCGGACCCCCGGCUUCGGAGCCCAUCCCCGGCUUCUAGAGACUCCGGUUCUCCGCUGGGAUCCGACGACGUGGGAGUGCGGGGCCGCCUGUAAAUGACACUGUGAAGGAACCCGAGUUACCUUAGCCCGGGCUUCGGUGUGAGGUUGGGAAGGGGUCGGAACCCCUUACUUGUGAUCCUGCAGAAGCUGGGGCUCUGGGCUCCUGGGGCUGCGGAGGUCUCCUGGGUGUGUGGGGGACUCCUGGGCCCCAGAGAGGAGAGAACUAAACAACUUUCCAUUCCUGAGCGAGUGGGAAUUAGGGGGGCUCCUUGCCUGUACCUCUGUGGGGUUCUGGGCGUGCUCAGAUAGUCCUGCCCUUCUUGAGCGCCUACUGUGUGCCUGAUGUUUCAUGUUUGCCUGCAGUGGGAUAAGCAAAACCAUGUAACUUGAUGGGCACGUCAGUUACACCAAUCGUGAUGCUUCUGUGUGAGCGCUGUACACAGGGCGGGCGCUGGGUCGUCUCAUUUCAUCCCCAGCAUGAUCUCAUUGGCUGUAGCCUGGGCCCCAUAACUGGCCUGAGGUCACCUCGCUGGAUCCCCAACUGGGGGCUCACACCCAGGUCUGCCUGGGGCUCCUCAAGACGGUGUAUUUAGUCCUUACCCCCCCCCCGCCCACCACCCCCCGAAUCUCUGUGUGAUGGGGGGGGAGCCACUGGGUCAGCUCCCCAGACCUCAGAUUUCUGGAGGCAGAGCUGGGUGAACCUGGGUCAGUGACUUAACCUCUCUGGUCUUCCAUUUCCUCCUCUGAGAAUGGAAUCAAAGCCUCCCACCGAAGCACUGUUGUGAAUAUUUGAUAAAGCACUCAAUAAAUGGUGUCCAACUUC